CUGCCUAAUAUGAAAACCCCCAAGUCAAUCCCAGACACACACUAGCCAACAGUGAUUGGGUGUUCAAGCAGAGAGAUUAGGAUUUCCACUUUCAAGCUCACUCUUCCAUGUCUUUUUCAUCUUCAUUUGACUUUUCUCCCAAUAUGGGUUCAAGAGAUCGAAGACCCAUUUCUAAUUUUACCAAAAUGAGUUGAGAUUCAAUAGUCCUUACUUGUUCAGAUCAAGAACUUCAUUACAUGUUCAUAGAUUCUCUUCACAUUGCUGAGAUUGCUAGAGAAAGUUACAUUUUGGCAUGAAUUUCUGGUUGUGGUUCUGUUUGAGGAUGUAUAUGUGAGAAGAAUAUUGAAGAGAACUGAUGGUCUGCAAUGUUGGGUUGACCCAAGUUAAAAGGGGAUGUCUCUGAGAAAGAUGAGAACGCCUCAACAAUGAUGGUGUUUUGUCCCAAAGUUAAAUGAUAGUCUUUUAGCACUGAUAGUGUUUCAUUGUUUAUACUGGUUUUAUGAGUUUUCUAUAAGGAGAAGCUGAUAAUAUACCCUAUUGAAUUGGUUACAUUUUUCUGAUGUGGUUUUCAGCGAGACGUGUGCAUAAAUCGAUGGGUAAUUUUUAUUAAUUAGAAUGCAAAUGUGAAAAAAUUAUCUGCACUUAGAAACAUGUUCGCUAGCUGUUUGCGGUAUAUGUGAUGUUUGACAUUUGUUGAAAGAAAUUGGAGUUUAGAGAAGAUCAGUUUGUGCUGUGUUUGUUUCGAUGGCUUCCAUUAGGAGGGCAAUGUCUCCAGUGCCUCGACCUGGAUCAUUAGUAAAUGGGGAAGCCUGUUCAGUUGCUUCACCCUUGUCAAAGUCUUCUUCAUGUACUCAGAACUACCCACCAGCUGUUGGGUUGUUACUUGGUCUUUUCUCAAGAAGAUCAUCUCGGCCCCUAGAAAGGCUAAAACCAAAGGGGCAAGUUUGGAGGAGGUCUCUUAUCCUUUUUUUCAUAUGUUUCGUGGUUGGGGUUUUCUUUGGGCUUACCCCGUUUGCUUCAAUAAAUUUAUCUGUGAAUCUUAUGUCCGAACACCAGGCUUUAUCCCUCAAGGUGGUUGUGCCUUAUGAAAAAGUUCAGUUGUUUGAUGUUGUGCCAAGAAAUGUGACACCGUUGGUGGACAGUUCAGCUGUAAAUGAUAAUGCUACAUUAGUGCCACAUGAGAUGAAACUGGAGCUCCAAAAUGGGACUUUUGAUGAUACCCUUGUCGCUCAAUCACUCACUCAAGACAUGAACACAACGUUUCAUAAGCUUUUGAUCAUUGUGACCCCAUCGUUUGCUCGACCAUUUCAAGCCUAUUAUCUGAAUCGCUUGGCACACACAUUAAAAUUAAUCCCACCUCCGUUGUUGUGGAUAGUUGUGGAAAUGGGUUCUCAGUCUCCAGAAACAGCUGACAUAUUGAGGAGAAAUGGUGGUGUUAUGUACCGGCAUCUUGUGUGCAAUAAGAACCUAACUGACAUAAAAGAUAGGGCUGUGCACCAAAGAAAUGUAGCGCUGUCUCACAUUGAAACACACCGUCUUGAUGGAAUUGUUUACUUUGCAGAUGAUGAUAACAUCUACUCUGUUGAUCUCUUUGAACAGAUGAGGCAGAUCAGGCGUUUUGGAACAUGGAUGGUGGCCAAGCUAAUGGAGAGCAAUAGUAGAGCUCUUCUGGAGGGUCCAAUUUGUAAUGGGACUCAAGUUAUUGGGUGGCACACAAAUGAAGUGACUAGAUCUAGAAGAUUCCUGAGAUUCCAUGCUGAAAUGUCAGGAUUUGCCUUCAACAGCACUAUACUUUGGGAUCCAAAAAGAUGGCACCGUCCCACUGUUGAACCUAUUAGGCUGCCCGAUAUAGUCAAUGGAGGUUUUCAAGUGAGCACAUUUAUUGAACAAGUUGUGGAGGAUGAAAGCCAAAUGGAAUGCUUACCACAAAACUGCUCGAGGAUCAUGGUUUGGCAUCUUCACAUUGAAUCAUCAUAUCCCUAUCCUCUUGAAUGGUUUAUGAAGAAUAAUAAUGUAGACGUCAUUGCUUCACUUGCUUGAAAGUUAUGAUUUAACGAGAAUCCCAGCAUUUAUUCUAAGGGUAAGUGCAUUAUUUUGACGAGACUCAUAUAUGAGAACUGUAAAAUUAUAAAGUUCACCCCCCAGGCCCUCAGGUAAAAAAAAUAAGGGUGUCUUUAGUCCCCCUUACCUUUUAAUGUUUUUCAAAGUACUUGUUAUGCUUCAACUACUGCCAAUUUUUUGUUUUUAAAAUGUUCCAUUUUAUGGACUGUAUCUUGUUAGUACCGCCCAGUUUCUUCUCAACUGGUUAUUCAUUUUCUCCCAUGUUGUAGGAAGGAUUGGUGAAGGAUCACGUCAUGCGCUACCAAUAUAUAAUCUUCAGUCCAACCGUCUGCUGCCUGCUCUGAACACUCAUGCGAUCAUCACACUUGCUGAUAUGAGUUUCAUCACCAUAGCCCUGCGAGUAUCCACGGACAAUUUAUUAUUUUAUUAUUUUUCCCACUGAACUAGUGUUUUAUGUUUGAUUUUUUUGUGGGUAAAGCUAGACAUUACUGUUUUCUGUACAGUUGCUUGGAUUAUUGCCUUGUGUUGGUUGCUCUUUGCAAAGAAGCAAAAUUGCAUCCAACUGUCUCCAAUUGUUGUUCGAAUUGCCUACCAUUGUUCUGGUUAUAGAGAACUGUUGUUUUAGUUGA